CCUGAAGCCCUGAACUGGAGCAGCAACGGCAGAUCUGGAUCCACACGACGCGCCGUCGUGCUGGAGUUGGAGUGCCUCGUUCCGUUCCCCCCUGUUGUCGUUUGUUUGCCAACUCUUCCCUGGCUGAUCUCGUGACCCAGACGAGAUGCGCUUCUCCCAUCUUACUACGACACCGUAGUGCCACCAGUGUCGUGCUCGUGCGUGCCAUCCGCCCCGUCCCUCCAGCUCGCCGUUGCCGUCGCGAUCUCCCCGUCCUAAAAAAAGCCGCGUCCCACGUUGCCUUGGUUCCCUCCCCCCCCCCCCCCUCCCCUCCCACACCUGCGCAGUGCGAGUGCCCACUCAAUCGCUGUCCGUCCUCGGUGUCCUCUACUGUCCCCUGCUCGCAUCCCCUGGUUCGCUACGAGAGGCGGCUGCGCGCGGAGGCAAUGGCGGCGGUCGGGAAUGGCGCGGCCGGCGGCGGCACCAGGGCGGCGUUCUCGCAGAUCUACCACACGCUCAAGGAGGAGCUGCUCACCGACCCCGCCUUCGAGUUCACCCAGGAGUCGCGCCAGUGGAUCGACCGAAUGCUUGACUACAAUGUCCUGGGAGGGAAGUGUAACCGUGGGCUCUCUGUGGUCGAUAGCUAUAAGCUGUUGAAGGGUGCUGAUGUUCUGGGUGAGGAGGAGAUGUUUCUUGCUUGCACACUUGGCUGGUGCAUUGAAUGGCUUCAAGCUUUCUUUCUUGUGCUUGACGAUAUCAUGGAUGACUCCCACACUCGGCGUGGCCAGCCUUGUUGGUUCAGGGUGCCUCAGGUUGCCUUCAUUGCUGUGAAUGACGGGAUUAUCCUUCGUAACCACAUUUCACGGAUCCUUAGGCGUCACUUUAAGGGAAAACCUUACUACGCUGAUCUUCUAGAUUUAUUCAAUGAGGUUGAGUUCAAGACAGCUUCAGGUCAGCUGCUGGACCUUAUCACAACUCAUGAGGGAGAAAAAGAUCUAACAAAAUAUAACAUAACAGUUCACCGGCGUAUUGUUCAAUACAAGACAGCAUACUAUUCAUUUUACCUGCCGGUUGCAUGUGCGCUUCUGCUAUCUGGUGAGGAUUUAAACAACUAUGGUGCUGUAGAAAACAUUCUUGUUGAGAUGGGAACAUACUUCCAAGUCCAGGAUGAUUAUCUAGAUUGUUAUGGUGAUCCUGAAUUCAUUGGCAAGAUCGGCACUGACAUUGAAGAUUACAAAUGCUCCUGGCUAGUUGUGCAAGCUCUUAAGCGUGCUGAUGAGAGCCAAAAGAGCAUUCUAUUUGAAAAUUAUGGCAAGAAAGAUCCUGCAUGUGUGGCAAAAGUGAAGAAUCUCUAUAAAGAACUUAACCUGGAGGUGAUAUUUCAAGACUAUGAGAGUGAGAGCUACACAAAGCUGAUCGCGGGUAUUGAAGCCCAGCCGAGCAUCGCUGUUCAGAACGUAUUGAAGUCCUUUUUGCACAAGAUUUACAAGAGGCAGAAGUAGGGUGCUCUUGGAUAGUGAGCUGUUCCUUAUUGCAUGCUUGACAGAUAACUGGAGUGCUUGAUCCAUGAUGUGGUGCUUCUAGUUUAAAAAUUUGAUGUCGUAUGAUGCACCUUGCUGCUCUGAAUAAUAACGAGGCAAGGUGCUAUUUCGGUUUGAUGGACCGCCUGGUGUAGACAAGACAUUGGUUGUUGUUUUAUUUGUAUCGUAUCGUGUUCUUUUUCUCUCCCAGUUGCAUUAAAGUGAAUUUCAAAUGUAUAUUUCCAGAGUAAACCUCUAGGGUAGUAUUUGUUAAGUGCUACCAGAAUUCUAUUAUUGUUGAGGAAAUCAGGAACAGCUGGAAUACGCAGGAUCAGAUGGAAUUGGUAGAAGUAAGUUGACUUAUGCGCAAUCAAGGAAGCCAAUGAUUUUAUG